AGAGAAUAAUCAUGGAGCAAAUCAUCUUUAACUCAAAGCCUUUCCAUCUAACUCUUUUUGCAUUGUUCCCACUUUUCAUCUUCGCACUUAUCAAGAAAACUAUCAAAUCAAGAAAGCUAAACCUUCCCCCAUCCCCUAAAAAGCUUCCAUUCAUCGGAAACCUCCACCAGAUUGGUAACUUACCCCACAAGUCACUCUACGACCUAUCCCUCAAGUACGGACCUUUCAUGUUCGUAAACUUUGGAGCAACUCGAUACCUCGUGGUCUCAUCCGCUGCUGCUCUUGAAGAGAUCACAAAGAAUCACGAUGUUGAGUUCUCGAACCGACCCACAAUCUCUAGCCUUGAUCCUCUAAAAGGGAAUGGCCAAGACAUGGUCUAUCAUCCCUAUGGAGAUCAUUGGAAGCAGUUAAGAAAGGUCGGCGCGCUUCAUCUCUUGAACAAAAACGCCGUGAACCGGUUUCAGACGAUGAGAGAUGAAGAGAUCUCAAGUAUGUUGAAGACCAUUGAUGUUUCAAACGUAAAAGGAGAAGAUAUCGAUAUAACGGAUACGUUCAACACCGUGGUGAGCAAUGUCUUUCAUAGGUCGUACACGGGUAGCUACCAAAGGGAAGAGAGUACCACGAAGAACUUUCUGGAUUGGGAUGUCAAGUUCAAGAAGCUCAUGGGAUCUUUCUGUGUUGCGGAUUUGUUCUCGAGUCUCGCCUGGAUCGAUAGACUCACGGGAUUCACAACUCUUCUAAAGAGCACCUACUCGGAGUUGGACGGUAUUAUGGAAAAAAUCAUUAAUGAAAGAGAGAAAGAGAGCUACGUGGACGUUCUUCUUCGUCUACGAGACAAUGAUAAACUUGACUACGACGUCAAAGCUAUCAUGGAGGGCACAUUCGUCGCGGCUGUAGAAUCCGUAGCAUUGGAGCUUGAGUGGCUAUUCUCCGAACUCAUCAAACAUCCUAAAGUUUUGAAGAAAGCGCAAGAAGAAGUACAACGUGUAGUUGGGACCAAAUCUAAGAUAACCAAUACCGAAAUAGAUCAAAUGCAUUAUUUGAGAUGUAUCAUUAAGGAGACGUUGAGGCUGCAUCCUCCGGGUAUAGUUCCACGUCAGACAUCAUCGAAGUGGAUUAAAGUAGGCGGCUACGAUAUCCCUCCAUAUACCAAAGUAUUGGUGAAUCUCUUUGCGGUGCAACGUGAUCCCAAGGACUGGGAGAAACCGGAUGAGUUUAUCCCUGAAAGAUUCAUGGAAAAGAACAUUGAUUUCAUGGGAAACCAAGGGUACGCUCCAUUUGGGUUUGGUCGUAGGAACUGCCCCGGUAUGGCUUAUGGUAUCGCGUUGCUCGAGGAGAUUAUCGCUAAUCUCUUGUAUCGGUUUGAUUGGAAGAUGCAUGAUGGUUCUAAACCGGAAGAGCUUAACAUGGAUGAGAUAUUUCAAUUUGUUGUCACAAGAAAAUUCCCUCUCCGGCUUGUACCGGUUCUCAGGGUGUAGGGUCAACGAACAGGGUUUGAUUCGGUCAUUUUUAGUUUUUUUUUUUAACGCUAAAUAAAUAGUUUAUUGAUAAGAACCAAAUUAUCAAAUAGUUUACAAAAAACAAAAAGGUAAGAACCACCAAUAGGGUGUAGGGUCAUUUUGAGUUAUUUAACGUGAAAUCUCCAUGGUACUUCUAGUUAAGUGACACUUACAAGGGGGUUUAUAAUAAUAUAAGAUUAAU